AUGGCUCAGAAUGUAGGCGAUGCUGCGGGAAUGGCUAAGGCUAUAAAAAACAUACCAUAUCAUUGUUUCAAUCAACAUGCUAAUUGCGGAACUUGGUGCGGUUAUCAUAAAAAUCCGGAAACUUACAAACAUUCCUCUAUAGGCGAAGGUUUUCAUAAUGAAAAUCUGUUUGAAGCAUUGAAAUGUUUGUUUGAUGUACUCGCGAGUAAAACUGAGAGGUUUGUAGCCGGAGUUUCUAGUAAUGCCAACGAAAGCUUAAAUUCAAUUAUAGCUAGCAAAGCACUGAAGUCCCGCUUUUAUGGGACGUCAACGUCGGGCGAUUAUAGACUAGCUUGUGCAAUUAAUAAAAAAAAUGAUGGAGAGGAGUACGUAGCCCAAUUAGCACAAAAAUUAUCUUUAUCCCCCGGAAAACAUACUACAAAAUACGGAAAUACAAUAGCCUCAAAUGCUCGCAAAAGAUAUUUAAGAUCAUCAACUCGAGAUUUUAAAAAAAGGCGCAUUUUACUUAAAAAAAUGAAGACUCAGUUACGACAUAGAAAAGAAUUUUCAGAAGGCCCUGAAACAUAUCAAUCAGAUAUGGCACUCUUAAACUCUGAUAUACCUACUAUAGUUGAAAUACCUAAUAAUCUUUCACUUCCUAUUAUAGUUUUCUUUGAUUUGGAAACUGGGGGUUUUUCUAAGACAGCAGAUAUUUUGCAAAUCGCCGCUAAACACGAGACAUCAACUUUUUCCAUUUAUAUUAACUCAACUCAAAAAAUUGACGAGAGAGCAAGCCAGGUUACCGGCUUACGAAUCGUCGCAGGGCAGUUACAAUAUCGUAAUAAUUCAGUUACAUCAUUUCCCUUAUCUGAGGCCAUGCAACAAUUCUAUAAGUUUUUAAGUGGUUUUCACAAAAAAUGUAUUUUAGUUGCGCAUAACUGCAAAUUUGAUUAUCCAAGAUUAUUGGCAGUUAUUCAGAAAACUUUUCUGAUUGAUCAUUUUAAAACUGUGUUACAUGGUUUUUGUGAUACGUUGCCGAUUAUAAAAAAAUGUACAGGACUAACAGGAAAGGGUGAAAAUAAAUUAGAGCAAUUAGCAAGUAAUUUACAAAUAUCAACUACCGAUGCGCAUAACGCUAUUAAUGAUGUUAUAAUUCUAGAACAAAUAAUAAUCAAAUUGGGCAUUCCAAAUCAGAACAUACUAGAAAGCACUUUAACCUGGAACCAGGCAAUUGAAAAAAAAGCUUUCCAUGAUAAUUUACCCAAUGCUCUAAAGAAAUUGAGUGUAUUAAGCACUUGCACUUCACUUGCUACGAGAAAAAAAUUAAUUGCUGCCAAUAUUUCGUACGAUUUAAUAUUAGAUUCUUUUAAGCAACAUAAAUUAAUAGGAUUGCUCAAUCUUUUUGGCGAGGAUGAAAAUGGGAUUGUGCGAGUUACAAAAUCCAGGUCGGUGAUACAAAAAAUAUCUGAAUUUUUGGAAAAAAUGUCCGAUUAA